AUGGCCAAAAAGAAGAAAACGCAAUUGAAGCCUGUGGCUCGUGGAUUCGCCACCACUUCCUUGCCAAAGAAAACUGUGCACGAAAACUUAGCAGAUCCCGGAGGAGUCACCGACGUUCAGCCUGAUGCCAGUGUGUCCAACGAAACCAACGAUGAUGUCAAUCGCGGUGAAAUUGCUUCGACUGCCACUCAUCCCAACAAUGAUCAUGAAUUACAGUCAGCCGAAGAACUGGAAUUGCAGAGUUUUAUCGAAAAAUUCCAAGAAAAGACAGAGAAAGAGAUUUCGAGGACCAUGAAGUCCAUUGAGGUGGACAGACGGUUCUCUCAAACCCUUCCUCGACUAGAUAUUGACCCUUUCAUACGAGAUCGAAUCAUGAUCCUCGCCCUCGACUCGCUGGAGCCGACAGGGCAAAAAUUACUCGAUGACACGGAAGAGGAAAAAGCCAUGCCGCGACUAGCUAUCUCCUAUGGUGUGUUGCGAAGACUCGGUUUCACGGAAGAAAACGUAGAACAAUGCCUGAGAAACGUGGAUGGUGUAGAUUUGGAAAACUUUUUCGACUGGCUCUACCUGAAUUCCUCUGAGGAUGGAUUGUCCUCUGGCGCACUAGAAACACAAGUCCCUACAACGUUCAAACUUCCUGCAGGUGUCACCGUCCGAUACAACCAUUCACCUCCUUCCACUCCACGCCUGCCACGAGAGCGGUCACAAAGCAGAAUUCGUUCCGCGCCCUUAGACCUGUUCUUGUCGACCACACCUCCCGUCCCCCCCUCGGGUGCACCAACCCGUGCAGGCAUCGAUGCUACCGGUGUGGAAGAUAACAGAGACCAUUCACCUCGGUCAGCGUCGGAAUUGCCAGGUGAUGAAGACCAUAUAGACACGACCGACCCCACCUCUGCAUAUGUUGAGGUAAAACUACGUGAACGCGAAGUCUCGCUUCGACCUCGAUCUCAGGCAACUACUGAACAGCUCCGAUUAUUACGUCAAAAGCUGACCGAACUCAGUAAUGAUUACCUUUUUGACAAAAGAGAAGCCGAUGAUCGUUACCGUCAGGAGCAAGCAAAGUGGGACAAGAAACGUCUCGAAGAGCGUCUCCGAUCUGCUCUAAUCGGCCACCAAAGCCCUGCCUCUGUGUCCAAACAAUUAGCACCGCUGACCCCCGCACGAAGUUCACCAAUGCCGAAGGCUGACCUCUUUGAAGACUCCGACAGCGACGACUCUUCCUCUGGCAUGCUUGGUAUUCUCAACGAUCCUGGCUCCACCGAAAUCACAGUGAAAGGAGUUACCCUUCUUCUUCGUGAUAUGUCCAUACCCAAACAGUGGUCUGGGCAGAUGCCGAAGACACUUCUGCGAGACUUCGUCUCCAAGGUGGAUCGAUACGCUGCGGUAUCUUACACGGCAUUGUCCACUCAUAGCCGCGCAAAGAGGGCGAGCGUGACUAUAUCCUGGCAGACGAAGAAGAGAGGCGAAUGGUCGAUGGAUGAUGUAGCAUGUCCCGACGAUUCUCAGGCAGAACAAUAUAUCGCUGUAGUCGCUCUUCAUUCCUUGACGUACCCACUUACUGAAGGCUUCAUAUCGCCGACACCAGCAAGUUCCAGCAACUCCACCUCAUUUCGCCUUCUUCCUGUUGUAUAUCGCAAUCUUUGGGAUGAACUCGAGAGUGCGAGAAGGAAAAGAGAUGACGAGCAUAAUAGGAAAGUUUGGGCCAAACUGCGUUCCGUCUUAGGGGAUAAAGUACAGAAGAAUGUAAAGCCUACAGACAAGCAAUCGAAGCAAGCAUCAACAAGACCUCUGCCAGGCGCAUCUCGGGGUGUUGAUGAAGGACGUGAAUUCUUUGAGCGCUUAUCGCUCGAAUUUCAACACAGAAAGUCCGCACCAGCGUAUCGGCACAUGCUUGCUCAACGCAACGGAUUACCUAUUGCUAACUAUCGAGACGAAAUUCUUGACACUUUGGAACGGUCACAGGUGUUGGUUUUGAGUGGGGAAACUGGGUGUGGCAAAUCUACUCAGGUCCCUUCGUUCAUUCUCGAAGACUGUCUCUCGAAAGGAAAACCUUGCAAGAUAUACUGCACAGAACCGAGAAGAAUCUCAGCAAUAUCCCUUGCCCACAGGGUAGCAUUCGAACUCGGCGAUCCUCCAAAUUCUGCGGGAGCGUCAAAUUCUCUCGUCGGGUAUUCAAUAAGAUUGGAGAGCAAUAUCUCUCGCUUCACACGCCUUGCUUUCGUCACAAAUGGCAUUGCUUUGCGCAUGCUGGAAGGUGGAAGUGGUCAAGGUGGUCGGGGCACCGCAUUUGAUGAAAUCACACAUAUCAUCGUCGACGAAGUUCACGAACGUACCAUCGAAUCUGAUUUUCUGUUGAUCGUCUUAAAAUCGCUUGUGAUGGAGCGGCCUGACUUGAAGGUGAUUUUAAUGUCCGCGACACUCGACGCAGAGAAAAUAUCGACUUAUUUCGGGAAUUGUCGGACUCUUCAUGUGCCCGGGCGUACGUUCCCCGUGAACGUCCAAUUCUUAGAAGAUGCCAUCGAAUAUGCAAAAUGGACAGUAACGGAUUCAUCCCCCUAUGCCCGACGAUUAUCAGACAAGUUUUACAAGGGUAAAAACAGGCCAGAGUGGACAGAGGAUACACAAGUUGUUGAUGACGAUGAAGACAACGGUAACGGCAGUCGUACCACCUGGAAGCCGGAAAAGCGAUAUUCUCCUGAAACCGUACUUUCGCUAAACACCAUCGAUGAACGGCUCAUACCGUACGAGCUCAUCGUUCGGUUGCUCGAGAAAAUUUGUUAUGAAGAUGUGGCUUAUCAGGCUUUCUCACCAGCAAUCCUUGUUUUCAUGCCCGGCCUUGGCGAAAUUAGGCGAUUAAAUGACAUGCUUGUAGAGCAUUCACAUUUCGGUUCAAAUGAGUUCAAGAUAUACCCACUCCACUCCACUCUUUCGAGCGAAUCACAGAGUGCCGUCUUCGAUAUUCCUCCCUCAGGCGUUCGCAAGAUUGUCAUCGCAACGAAUAUCGCGGAGACAGGAAUCACAAUACCGGAUAUUACAUGCGUCAUCGACACAGGAAAACAUCGAGAAAUGAGAUUUGACGAGAAGCGUCAGAUUAGCCGUCUUGUAGAAACUUUCAUAGCAAGGAGCAAUGCUGCCCAGAGACGGGGUCGUGCAGGUCGAGUCAGGGAAGGACUGUGCUUUCAUCUCUUCACCAAAGUCAGCCACGAUACGCAGAUGGCAGAGACACCCCUGCCGGAAAUGAUGAGACUCAGCCUAUCUGACCUCGCCCUGCGCAUCAAGAUUAUGAAAGUGAAACUGGGCUCCUCCAUCGAAGAUGUUCUUUCCCGAGCGUUAGACCCUCCUAUGUCAGUGAAUGUUCAAAGAGCCAUUUCGAUGCUCGUGGAGGUCAGAGCUUUGACACCUUCUGAAGAAAUUACUCCCAUGGGAAAGCUAUUAAGCAAGCUACCCACCGAUGUUCACCUUGGGAAAUUUUUGCUCAUUUCCGCUCUCUUUCGUUGCCUCGAUCCUGCUCUCACCAUUGCCGCAACACUCAACUCCAAAUCGCCGUUCGUGGUGCCGUUGGGAUUCGAACAAGAAGCCGAUCGUGCCAAAAAUACCUUCCGCGUUGAAAAUUCUGAUUUUCUAACCAUCAACAACGCCUUUGCAAGUUGGCGGCGUGCCUGUGCCAAUCCUGGAUUUGGGAGGAAGUUCUGUCGCACAAACUUCCUGAGCUAUCAGAAUUUACAACAAAUUGAGGAUCUUCGUCAACAGUUUCUUGGAUAUCUGAUCGAUUCAUCCUUCAUACAAGUCGACAAGAGUCUGGUUCGGGAGCUCAACAGCGCUCGCUACUCCCGUGGGCGGACAAAAUUCGUCAACGUGCCUGACGAGCUAGAUGUAAAUUCGAAGAACCCCGCCAUCGUCCAUGCCGCUCUAGCAGCUGGUCUAUACCCCAAAGUUUUGUCGAUCGAUGGGAAAUACGGUGAACUACGUACUAUCACAAACAACCAACAAGCAUUCUUCCAUCCUUCAUCCGUGAACUUUGGCAAGAACGCCGCAAAUUUCGACGUACAUCACCUUGCAUACUUUACCUUGAUGCACUCUAAAAAGCUUUACGCGUGGGAGACGGGUCCUAUUGACGAUCUAUCCUUACUUUUAUUGUGUGGAGAAUGCGACUUCAAGCUGGUCGCAGACAUGACGUCUAUCGAUCGAAAGAUCAAAUACUCCUUGCCUCCAAAAACCGGGGUUGCACUCAAGAUACUGAGAGACCAGUUGUCCAGUCUCCUUGCACACCAAUAUCAAGGGAAGGCGCUAACAAGCAACCAACGGUUGUGGAAAGAAAUUGGCCUGCUUGCCUUGGGCCGGACAAAGAUUGUAGACAAAGAUCAUCUGAAGAGUCUCUUAGAGGAGUAA